CCGGAAGUGCAUUUGCAGAGUACGACAAAGCGGGGAACGCCAGUGCGCCUGUUGCGGAGUAAGCUUUGGAGUGAGAAACUUCCAGGCUGUAGGACGCAGCUGUUGCCAUGACGGCCCAGGGGGGUCUGGUGGCCAACCGAGGCCGGCGCUUCAAGUGGGCCAUUGAGCUAAGCGGGCCUGGAGGAGGCAGCCGGGGUCGAAGUGACCGGGGCAGUGGCCAGGGAGACUCUCUCUACCCAGUCGGUUACUUGGACAAGCAAGUGCCUGAUACGAGCGUGCAAGAGACAGACCGGAUCCUGGUGGAGAAGCGCUGCUGGGACAUCGCCUUGGGUCCCCUCAAACAGAUUCCCAUGAACCUCUUCAUCAUGUACAUGGCAGGCAAUACUAUCUCCAUCUUCCCUACUAUGAUGGUGUGUAUGAUGGCCUGGCGACCCAUUCAGGCACUUAUGGCCAUUUCAGCCAAGAAUGGAGUUCAGUGGUGGAGGACUGCUUUUGUGAACAUGAGAAAGCAGCGCCUGGUCCCUAUGUAUUUGGGUCUUAUUUACAUCGUUCUUUAAGCCCAGUGGCUCCUCAGCAUACUCUUGAACUAAACACUUAUGUUAAAAAGAACCAAAAGACUCUUUUCUCCAUGGUGGGGUGACAGGUCCUAGAAGGGCAAUGUGCAUAUUACUACAAACACAAAGAAACUAUACCACAACCCAUGACUGAAAAUAAUGUAGAAAACUUUAUUUAUGUUUCCAGUACAGAGCAAAACAACAAAUAAAAUCGUAACUACGUAAACAAGAGAAUAAUUGCUGCUAAAUCAAGAACUGUCGCAGCAUCUCCUUUCAAUAAAUUAAAUGGUUGAGAACAAUGGGUAAAAAAAGUUGCACAAGUUCCCUUAAAUCUAUUUUCCUUAAUAUUUCACUUCUAUUUAAAACAAGCUGGGACAUAAAAAUUCUGGAGACACUUGGGGAAGAUGUGAGAAACUAAUGCUGGAUUCAGCUUAUACAUGAUGAAAAGAAAAAUAAACCAGACAAAAGGAGUACAUAAAUA